AUGUCUCUGGAUGAAACUCGGAAGCCGCUUCCAUCCGACUUCGAUGAGGAUGCAGCUGAUCUUGCCAGGUUGGGUGUUGAGAAGCAGGAGUUGAAACGUAACUUCAAUGCCUGGUCUUUGGCCUUCAUGUGUUUUUGCAACAAUGGAGUCUGGGAAGCAUUUACGGCCUCUUCGGCUCAAGCUCUGACAUCAGGUGGUAGCUCUAGCAUGGUAUAUGGCUACCUUCUCAUGUCCAUUGGUGCUUUGAUUAUCUCUCUCUGUAUCAGCGAAUAUGCAAGCAUGAUCCCCACCGCCGGAGGCCAGUAUCACUACGUUGCAUAUAUGUCGCCACCGCGAUUUCGGAGAAUAUUUUCCUGGUACGCCGGAUGGAUCACGACUUGGGCUUGGGUUUUGUCAAGUGUUGCAGGAAACUUUGCUACUUGCAUGCAAAUAUCAUCCUAUAUGAUUCUAUUCCGCGAGGGCUAUGUAUAUGAACGAUGGCACACUGCUGUGACUAUGCUCAUAUUGAUGACCCUCUACUUAUUCGCGUCCAUCUUUGGUAUAAAAUACCUUCACCACACUUCUUUUAUUGCUAUGGCCGCCCAUACUGUCGGAUUCCUCGCAAUUAUAAUUUACCUGCUUGUCCACACCAAUCCCAGAUCCUCCGCAACAUAUGUCUUUACCAACCAUUCCAACCUCACUGGAUGGGAGAGCGAUGGCGUUGCAUGGUGCAUCGGACUUCUUGCCCCUGCUGCCGCCGUCGUUGGAUGGGAUAGCUCGACACAUAUGGCCGAGGAAAUGAAGAAUGCCGCCCGUGAUCUCCCGAAGACAAUGUGGAUCACAGUGUUAGUGACUGGCGUUGUUACAUUCCCAUGGGUCAUUGCGUUGAUGUUCUGCAUCCCUGAUAUCACGGCUUUCCUCGGGGGCCCCGUUGCCAGAUUAAGCCCGCUGGUCCAAUUGAUGUACAACGUAUCAGGGGGAAGCUUUUCAGCAACCGUGGGAAUGACAGUAUUUGUUCCUGUGAUGGGAUUCACCAUCGCUGGACCGGGAUGUAUCUCGGCAACCUCUCGAAUUAUCUACUCCCUCGCAAGAGAGGGUGCAUUUCCUCCAAUUUUCGCCAAGGUUAAUGCGACAUGGAAUGUGCCGAUCUAUGCCAUUCUCGUUUCGUAUGGCUUGAUGGCCACUAUCCCCCUGAUAUACAUCGGCAAUGAGACGGCCUACUAUUGUUUUGCAUCUAGUGGUGCUGUGGUUUAUAUUGUGGGCUACUGCUUUCCUCUUGGAGUUAGGGUUAUUUGGGGAAUGGAGCAAAGCCACCUGAAGAAAGGACCUUUCACUCUGGGGCGCUUCAGCAAACCAUUAGCCAUUAUUUCGCUGGUUUUGUGCGUAUUCCUGGUCGUGUUCAUGUGUUUGCCGACCAUGAUGCCUGCAACAGCCCUCAAUGCUAACUACGCUCCGGCCGUCUUGGUCUUUGGAUCUGUGUUUCUUCCUACAAUCGCAUGGUUCGCAUACGGCCGCAAGACUUAUAUUGGCGUUACCCAGCAUCUCUCUGCCAGGAACGGUCCGGAGGAAGAUGUCACGGGCCAGGGGCAGUAUAUUGUGGAACCGAAGAAGUUUGAUUGA